AAUUCAAGUCGUAAUGUGGUGUCAAAUGUAAUCAUAGCUCCGCAAUUUGAUCGCAUAAACACGAAAAAUAUUCUGAAAUUGUUGAUUUUCCCAUUUAUUUCUUUAGCAAAUCGACUGGAAAGUGUUUUUACUAUAAGAAAUUAUAGCCUAACACCAAAAACCAGCGAAUUUACCGUGUUUUUUUUUUGCAUUAUUUUCUCUGAAAAUAUUGGCGAAAGAACCUCACAGACAAAUGGAUAAUCGGAAUGAAGCCGCUGAUCGAAAGCGACAACCAGAAGGAGCCAACCCACCGGCGAAUAAACGAUCUAAAACAUCCGAGACCGUGUCUGCAGACGUGCAACGUGCAUCCAACAAAAUAGCCCAGCAGCCGACGAAGAUUCAUUACACAAGAUUGCGCCGGCGCAUGGAUGAGGAAGAGGAAGAGAAACUGGCAAAGCUUGGUCCGCAGCCAAACGAUGGCACCACAAAGUUGACAGACGUCAAUGUUGAUUGCCUCGAGCACAUUUUCAAGAAUCUAAGCCUUAUAGAUCUCUUGAAUGUUGCCGACUCCAACAAACAAUUGAAACCAGCAGCGGAUUUGGUAUUCGCGAGUCGGUAUGGGAAACAAUGGAUUUUUAUCCUUUCGAGAUACAAGUCUAUACUGAUUUUCGAGCGGAACAUGUAUCCACCAACGGUUCAAAUUCCACGGUCAUUCCGAUUAAAGUUGCUCCGCUGCUUUGGACAUUUGAUCACAAAAUUGGACAUCACACAUGAUAAACAUAUGGAUGCUUAUGUCAACGAAUACUGUGCCGAAUCAUUGGUUGAAAUUAAAUUUCAACGCUGCAAAGCAAGCACACUGGACGAUCUGAAGAAGCCGUUCACCCAGGUUAAAACACUUUGUUUUGAUAGCUGCAAAUUGGGAAGCAAGCUGUCGGAACUCGAUAAAUGGUUCCCGAAAGUGCGACGUUUAGAAUUUACGGAUCGUAACGAGACCGCUGUUCAUUUUCCCCAUCUUCAACAUUUGACUCUGUCCCUUCCAAUUGAUACAAAUAACCGUUUGAACAAUUUGUCUGAGCUCUUGCGUUUAUACCUGAAUACACGAAGUCUGUCCAUUAUUGGCUACUUUGAAUUCAAAUACCUUCAGAGCGUUAGUGAACAUCUACAGCAUCUGGAACGCCUGGACAUCAAUCCAUUUGGAUACUUCUCGAAUGUUGGCAACGAUACCGUACACUUUCCAAAUGUAAAAAAGCUCAAGUUACGAGAUGUAGUAAGGGAGAGUCGUCUAAGAUGGGCCACACAUUGAUUGACCGCUAUAAAAGUCUUAAAUGUGGAUAUUGUUUGAGACUUAUAUAUACCGUUGGAAAGAGGACCUCAAAAGGAAAGUUUUUGCUUAAGAUUGUCAUUCGUUUGCAUUGAAAAAAAGAAUUUUAUCGCACAUUUUCCGAACACCUUGAAAAUUGACAAAAAAAAAAAUUUGUCGUCUAAGAUGGGCCACCCCACAAAAUUUGAAAAAUAAGAGAAAUAAUGAAAUGGUAACACCAUAUUUCGAAAGAUUUGUCAAUUUUUAUUCAUUUAUGUGCUUACAGCGAUGUACUUUCCGCGUUUUUAAUAAGCUGACGUCCACGACGAUUUUAUGAAGGUCUUAGUGUAGCUGGUCGCAAUAGGCCAACAUCAGGCAAAAAAUACCAUAGAAUCACUUUAAAACGCUAUGCGAUUGCUUAAAACACGAUUUUCAAACAUAACAAUAGAGUUUGAGCACAUAACAAAAAAAAAUGUUGGGUGGCCCAUCUUAACCAAAACACGCCAUUUUUUCAUGACGAUAAAUUGUUUUCCCAUGAUGAAAUAACACCAAAA